AUGUACUCCAAGCGUGCCUUCGUCCACCACUACGUCGGAGAGGGCAUGGAGGAAGGCGAGUUCUCGGAGGCCCGGGAGGACCUGGCGGCCCUGGAGAAGGACUACGAGGAGGUCGGCAUCGAAACUGCCGAAGGUCGGUUGCUGCAUGCUGUUUGUGCCUUGCGUGGCUUUGAUCCCUUGCAUGCUUGUGUCAAUGCUGUUGUGUUUUAUCGCUACCCGGGUGGCACACAACGCUUUGACAUCCAUGACCGGGCUGAGCAAGCCAUCGCUGCCAUCGCUGAAGAUUGUGUUGCGUGGGGUAACGUUCCAGUUGUCCUUGCUGGAGACUUCAAUUUCCCUGUUGAUGAACCUUGGCUCAGCUUCAAUUGCGUGGGUGACAUGACGCUGCUUGGACUUCGGCGCGUGCCGCUGGUGCCACCCCGCCUCCCACGUGAAUUGCUCAGGCUAAUAUGGUGCUGGUACACGGGUGGAUGCGCUCUUUCUCGGCCUGCGUCUGGCUCCGGGCCUGUGUGA